AUGCUGAGAGGAUCACCGUAGGCAAAGACAACCUUGCUCACGUUCAUACUGGCCAUGGUCCUCCAUCCGGAUGUAUACCAGAAGGCACAGGCAGAAGUCGACCGAGUAAUUGGGAGGGAUCGCCUUCCGACCUUAGCGGACAAGGAUGCAUUGUCGUACAUUGACUGCGUGGUGAAGGAGGUAUAUCGCUGGAAUCCUCCUGUUCCUCUCGGGAUCCCGCACCACCUCACGGAAGAUGACGAAUACCAAGGGUUUGACCUUCCCCGAGGUACCGGAGUGAUAGCCAAUCUCUGGUCUAUGUCCCGCAGUGAGGAUGUCUACGGCGAUCCCGACAUCUUUCGCCCAGAACGGUUCCUCGACCCAGGACUACCUGACCCGGAGAUAUCGGACCCGCGCAACAUCGUGUUCGGGCACGGGCGAAGAAUAUGCCCGGGACGCCUAUUCGCAGAGGCAAGCGUGUUCCUGGCGAUGUCGAACAUAAUAGCCACACUCGACAUCAACAAAGCGCGGGACGACAUGGGAAUGGAUGUCACCCCAGAGGCUUGCUUCCUAUCUGGGUUUAUCAGUUACCCUCGGGACUUUGCAUGCUCGAUAACGCCACGUUCUCCGGAGGCUGCCAGUCUCGUUGCAAACAUGGUGGCAUCGUCAUCCUGAACAUUGAUACUGCCAGCAGCGCGCUGGCAAGGCUGUUUGCACGUUGAUAAUUGAUACGCAUCCGUCUCUGACCU